AUGUUUCCUUCAAGGAGGAGGAUUACUGAUGAUGAUAUACAGCUGAUUCUGAGUCAUGAUUUAGAUGAUGAGUUUAUGGAUGCUAUCAGCAGUGAUGCAGAAAGCGCAUCAGGGAGUGAUGAUGAUGAUGACACUGCUAGUGGAGAUGAUUCACAGCCUAAUAUUGUAGAGGAAGCAGAUGACAGUCUGUCCGAUGGUGAAGCUGGUGGCUAUGAUAACAGUGUUUCAGUUGGGUGGAUGAGUCAGUCUCCUGUUAGUAGAGAACAAUUGACUUUCACCAGAGACAUGGGUGUUAUAUCUAAUUACAUCCCAAAGGAAAACAUUAGCAGUGAUGAUUCAUUGCUGCUGUGGAAAGGAAGACUUAGUUGGAAGAGAUAUAUUCCACUGAAGAGGGCAAGGUUUGGCAUGGAGACUUACAUCCUAGCAGAGUCUGAAAGUGGGUAUGUAUGGGAUGUUUUGCCCUAUACAGGGAGAAGAACACAACAUGACUGCCAGAUACCAGGAUUAUCAGAUCAGGAUGUAACCAAGCUCAGUAUCACUCGCAAAGGUAUUAAAAAGUACUAUAAGAAGAUAUUUCUCAGACUUAUAGAAAUGACUCUGCAUAACUGUCAUAUAAUCUACAAGAGAAAUGAUGGCCAGAAAAAAACUCUUGACUUCAAGUUGCUCCUGAUUGAACAGAUAGUGCACACAUAUGGCAAAGAUGUGUAUUGGAUAAAGAAACCUACAAGUUCAGUGACUCUUGGGCCAUGCCCUACAAUACUGAGUGGAAGACAUUUUCCCAUAGAGACACUGUCAGCUGAAGGUGACACCACAAAGAAAGUUCAGAGGAUAUGUACCUACUGUGCAAUGCAAAAGAAAGUAAAGAGAAGUAUCUACAACUGUGAUAUAUGCCAAGUUUCCUUGUGCAUAACUCCUUGUUUUAAGCUGUACCACACAUAA